AGCCUCAAAGGACCCAAAUUGGAAGGUGAAAAAGAGAAAAAUUUUAAUGACAAAAUACACCUUGUUGGUCCGUCAAAAGAACAUAACAGCAUGUCUUCCGAGGAAAAAGCUGUCGGUUACGUGGAG